ACAUCGAUCCAAAAGCUUCUCUAAUACAGUACGAUGAGAGAGGGGGUGGAAGUGAACAUAAGUCCGGCAGUAGCAAAGAGGAGGGAAGACGAGGCAGAAACUCCGGCAAUCUCGGCGCCGCCGUUUCAACUUGAGUGUCCUUCAAUGAGUCGGUCGCCACUUCUGGAUAUAGGGCGCCCAAAGACCCCUAGAAGCCCGUAUGCUUCGCGUUUGAUGACUCCAAUAGCAAGCCCCAUGAAAAAGGCGAUCACAAACAUGCAAGGUUGCUUGGAAGAAGUUGGCCACUUCACCAAGCUUGACCCACAGGACGCCUGGCUUCCCAUCACCGAGUCCAGGAACGGCAACGCCUUCUACUCAGCAUUUCAUACGCUAUGCUCGGGAAUCGGCGUUCAAGCCCUUGUUCUUCCCUUAUCUUUCACUACACUCGGCUGGACAUGGGGAAUUUUAUGUGUUUCGGUGGCUUUUAUAUGGCAGAUGUACACUCUGUGGUUACUGGUUCAGCUACAUGAAUCGGAGUCCGGGGCGCGCUACAGCAGAUAUCUCCGCCUUUCCAUGGCGGCUUUUGGUGAGAAGCGAGGAAAACUGUUUGCACUACUUCCGACGAUGUAUUUAUCAGGCGGCACAUGUGUGACCCUAAUCAUGAUCGGAGGUACGACCAUGAAAAUAUUUUUCCAAACCGUUUGUGGGGCAACAUGCGACGUAAACCCACUAACAACGUUGGAGUGGUACGUAGUUUUCACUUGCUGCAGCAUCGUUCUGGCACAGCUUCCCAACCUGAAUUCAAUCGCCGGAGUUUCCCUGAUCGGAGCAAUUACUGCCAUAAGCUACUGCACACUGAUAUGGGUAGUCUCUAUAAGCAAAAGUAGGCCCAUGGGUGUCUCCUAUGACCCACUGGAGGCAAAAUCUGAUACAGAAAGGCUUUUCAGUAUUUUCAAUGCGCUUGGGAUUAUCGGCUUCGCUUUCAGAGGCCACAAUCUUGUUCUUGAAAUACAGGGGACCAUGCCUUCGAGCUUAAAGCGCCCAUCCCGUGUUCCAAUGUGGAGAGGAGUGAAGUAUGCAUAUCUAAUCAUCGCAAUGUGUUUGUUUCCCAUUGCAAUUGGCGGCUAUUGGGCUUAUGGCAAUUUAAUACCUAAUGGAGGGAUGCUAGAUGCUUUGCACAAAUACCACGCACAUGACACACCAAGAUUUCUCUUAGGAUUAACAAGCUUGCUUGUGGUGCUCAACAGUCUAAGCUCAUUCCAAAUAUAUGCAAUGCCAGUAUUUGACAAUCUGGAGUUGAGAUAUACAAGCAAGAUGAACAAACCCUGUCCAUGGUGGCUUCGCUCGGGGAUUCGAGCCGCCUUUGGAUGUCUUGCAUUUUUCAUAGCAGUGGCACUACCAUUCUUGCCAAGCUUGGCAGGAUUGAUCGGAGGGAUAGCGCUGCCAAUCACCUUAGCAUACCCCUGUUUCAUGUGGGUGCUAAUCAAGAAACCCCAGAAAUAUAGUAGAUUUUGGUACCUCAAUUUGGUAUUGGGAGCUUUGGGAAUGGUUGUCAGCAUUCUUGUUGUCACUGGAGCAAUUUGGAGCAUAGUGACCAUAGGGAUAAAGAUCCACUUUUUCAAGCCCCAAUAAGUCGUAGAGUAAUGCUAAAAACCACACUUUUAUUUCACUUCUAUCCCGCUUUGCUGACGUGACAGUGCCAAUAAUCAAUUGUUAUAUAAAAUAAAAAAUCAAUGGUUGAUUGACAUUGUUACGUCAACAAAGGUAGAAUAAUGGUGAGAUAAAACUUAAAAGUGUAGUUUCUAACAUUACUCUAAAUAGUGACAAGAAGAAAGCAAAUCGCCCUUAAUCUUGGGUUUCCAAAUUGACCUGUUGACCUCAAAGGAAGCCAGGUAAGGUCCCAACAUUUGUGUAUAAGCAACAAUAGCAUGUCUGUCUACUUUCUGAGAUGAUUUGUAAACCCAUCUAGCCCUUGCUUACUUGUCAAGUAAUUAACCAUGCAUACAAGUGUUUGGUUUAUUAUUACCGCAA